AUGCCCUACGAAUCAAUAAUCACCUUCACGCUCGACACAAUAUGUCCCUGGACAUACCUAGCCUUCAUCCGCCUCAACAAAGCCCUAGACAACUACCGCACCACCAACCCCUCUUCCCCAGCAACAUUCACCCUCAAACUCGCCCCUUACCAACUCUACCCCGACGCUACCCAAGAAGGCGUCGAUAAGUAUGAAUGGUACAAGAACGAAAAGUACGACGGCGACGAAGCCCGGAUGAGCAAGUACAUGAACGUCAUGGGUGGUUUAGGGAAAGAAGAGGGUAUUACGUUCGAUUUCGGGGGUGGGAAGGUGGCGAAUACGUUGCAUGCGCAUCGUGUGUUGUGGUGGUUGCAGAAGAACAAAGAAGAUGGUGCUGCGCUAGAGGCUGUGAAGGAGCUGUAUACGCAGUACUUUGAGCAGCGCGGCCAUCCAUCCAGUCCGGAGACUUUGGUUAAAGCGUGCAUGGCAGCUGGACUUAGUGGAGAGGAAGCAGUGAAGUUGGUGGAAGACAGGGAGGAGGAGUUGAGGGAAACGAAAGCGGCGAUAAGGGAGCAGGCUGGGAAUGGAGUGGAUAGUGUCCCGUAUGUUGUUUUUGAGGGGAGGAAGAGGGAUUUUACGCUCGUGGGGGCGAAGAGUGUGGUGGAGUAUGAGAAGGUGCUUGGGCAGGUUGCUAGGGAGUGUACGUGA